GGUGACAGCAGAAAGCUUUUCUGCAAAGAUUGCAUUGAUGUUGUUGUAUAUCAUAUCGUUCCCUCUUCUAUAGUAGAUCUCAAAGACAAUGAGUCGGCGAGUGCUACGUUUCCCGGAGUGUAUAUACAUUUCUAUGAGCAUUGUUGAUUUUAUCGCCAGAGUGUCACAACCUGGCUUCCCUUGUAUCGUACCUAGGGUUCUAGUUAGUUGUAUUUUGAGACAGGACACUUACCCUAAGUGCCUCCCAAGCAUUCAUAUGCUUAAUGACAAUCCAGGUCCUCUGUAUAUCACGUCGAAGGUAUCUCGCCCCCUCCAGGCUCCGUAAGGUAGUCAACAGGUAAAAUCGGUAAAGGUAACGAAUAGAGAAACAAGGCCAACCGAGCACGUAUGCUGGGUUGUUUGUUAAGUGCGGACGAGUCAGAAACUAGAAGGUAACCAAUGCUUGAUUAACU